AUGUUGGCUGUCUGCUUAAGAUGUAAGGACCGGCAUAGGGACCAGUACACAAUUGCUACAGCCUUCGUCUACUGGCAACGGUUCUUCAUUAUUCAAUCCUUGUCCAAGAACGACCCAUAUCUUAUCGCAUCCGCAUGCCUGCUUCUCGCUGGGAAAGUCGAAGAGAACUUCAAAAGUUUGCAGAAGAUAACGGAGAUGUCAUUCUAUGUUCGCAACAAGAAGGAUCCGAAGGCCUUGGAGUCGAUUAAGAGCACUCCCAAACUCUUAUUGGCGGAGAUGGACAGGGUAGUCAAGGCAGAAGAAGCUCUUCUUGUUACCAUGAAUUUUGAUUUUUUCGUCAGUCAUCCGUACAAGCCGAUUUGCUCCGUGGUGAAGGAGUUUGGUUUCACUAACCGCCAGUCUGAAAGGGACCGCACUUUCUUUCAGAUCGCGUGGAACUUCGCCAAUGACAGUUUGCGGACCACGCUCUGCCUUCAGCCGUUUCGGCCGAUGGACAUUGCGGCAGCUUGCGUCAAUCUUUCAGCGACUGCCUUGAGUGUCCAGCUUCCGAAAGCUGCUGAAGGAGCACCAUGGUGGACCAAGUACGGCGUCUCUCCAGAGACACUUCAAGGUCAGUAG